AUGGCCGAUGCAGAUGAGGAUGUUGUCCAGACCCCCGCAACCGGGCAGGUUGAGGUCGACUUGUCGGAUGAAACCCAGGAUUUCCGCUUCCUGAACCACUUAAACUUUUUGUCUGAUUCCGCAUCCCCCAGCAUUCCCCGCCGCGGAGAGAAAGACUUUGAACCCAAUCCAACAGAACACCAAGCCGAUGUCCUGUCGGCGUCGCGGGAUGCCAUGCACAAUGCGCUCUCAUUCCCACGCUUACAUCGCCCGAAGACUCAGAUUAUAGCAUAUUAUGCGCCUGGCGGAUAUGCCGCACAGGCCGAGUUGGAUGCGCAACAAGAAGCACAGCAAACCAAAGAAGACGAAAAGGCCUCGGAAUCAACCCAAAAGAAACCCCCAACAGACGCUUCAAAAGCCGUGCCCAAAUCUGUCAAUAUUUCUCCCGAUGCAUGCGUCUUGGUACCAACUCCAAAAGGACAGUAUUUCAAGACAAUGGGUCAGGCUGACCGGAAGAACCGUGUUUGGCUAUUACCGGAAGAGGCAUUAUAUUUGCUUGAGAGAGGCAGUCUAGAUAUCAGAUGGCCUAGCACAUCUGAUAUCGAUGCCGUCUCUAUCCCUAUGAGUUUGCAAGCUGCAUAUGCAUCCUUCGUCGGACACGGUGGUCUCACACUUGAACGUUUCUCUGUGUACACUGGUCUUAAGCGUCUUGGUUAUGCACUCCUUCGAGCUCCUGCGUGGUCAGAUGAAAUCGAGGAGACAGAAGAGACUGCUCCUGCCAUUGAACCUUCUCCAAUAAAGUUCCACGGCCCCGGUCUUGCGGGUAUAUUAGGAUCUCUAUUCAAAUGGAUUCAUGACCCUCGAAAGACAGCCUCCACAGCCACCGGCCCCAUCGUCGGCUUUGGCAUCCACCGCCAUUAUAUGGACGUAUACCGAAAACUUGCCAUCAUCCCGUGGUACGACCCUGUCACCGCACCACCAUCCAAACCCUCGGAUACCACACCACCUUUCCGCGUCGUCUUCCACAUCUAUAAGCCCUCCACUCCUUUCAAAAAGUCCGCUCCUCCGCCACCAGAUUUCCGCGUCGCUGUUGUCAGCACUCGCGACCAAACUACUAUGCCUACCCUUCCUCAGCUCGGUGCUUUACUUGAAAGUACGCCACUAGAUCCUCCGCACGGAGAGAAGAUGCAACGCAUGAUGUACAUGCGGCUGCGUCACGGGUACCGUAAUGUCGUCAUGGCUGUGGUUGAUCAGGGUGUUGUCAGCUACUUGCGCAUUGCAGAUUCUGCGUUCGGGAAAGAAAAGCUGUUUGAGACUAAGGGUGGUCCUCAGGGCAACAAGCGCGGAGGUCGGGGCCCUGGUGGCCCCAAGUUUAAGAAGCGUUGA